UAUGGCAACAUUCUUUUUAACCUCAAAAGAUAAUUUGUUGAUUUAUUGGGGCACAUGAAAUUCCAAUAAUAAAUUUACAAACUAGAAAAUAACUUACCAAGAAUGGAAAAAUUAAAAGAAAUUGAAAUGAAAGCAGUAAAUUGGAAAUCAAUUAGAGAAGAAGGUCUUGAUCUGGAAUAUGCUGUGCCUAUACCUAAAAAUAUUGCAAAUGAUAUAUUUAAAGAACUGGAAAACAGUUUAGAAUAUUUUACUGGAGACCUGUCUAAAAUAAAGGUUUUCGGCAAAGUUUAUCCUUUGCCACGGCAGCAGGUAGCCUAUGGCGACCCGGGUAUAACGUACACCUAUUCUGGCACUACAGUACCCGCCCUACCCUGGCCCGCACCUGUCCUGGCUUUGCGAGACUUUCUGGUAGCUCUUAGAGGAAUUAAAUACGACUUUGUUUUAGUUAACAAAUAUAGAAACGGUAACGAUCACAUGGGCGAGCACAGAGACAAUGAACCAGAAUUAGAUCCAACAGCACCUAUAGCGUCUCUAUCCUUCGGACAGCAACGGACUUUUGUACUCAAACACAGAGAUGCAAGAAAGACUGGCAUCGAUAAAAGACCAAUACCUCCAGUAAAGAUGCCGUCUCUGCGGAUAGACCAGAGUGAUUUGAAGUGCAAGAAUGGCUGCGAUUACUUCGGAAACCCUCAGUGGCAAGGGUACUGCUCUAAAUGUCAUCGAGAACAGAUGCAACGUCAGAGGAAGGCUGAAAAAGAGUCAUCAGCAACAUUACCGAAACCAGAACAGAAGAAGCCGGACCGAGGGUUGAGGAUCCCCUCCCACUCCUCCUUCUCCAAGUUUGAGGAGAAGCGACUCCGGCAGAGCGAGACCCUCAAGAAGGCGAACCUGUUGAAGUUCAGCGUCUUCAAGAAGAGUAGCACAGAUGACCACGACCAUUCGGCAGAGAAACGCCCCCCGGAGUUCAAGAUCCCGGGCAUUGUGAACGAGGGUAUGAAGCGCGAGUUCCGCGCGCGGUUCCCGCAGCUCGGCCCCGCCGUCGACCGCGACUCGCGACUGUUCGUGCACAGCUUCAUCAUGGACGUCAUCAAGUGCGCCAACGUGCUCACCGUCGACGAGCUGUCUGAGAGAGUUCAGAGACAGUAUCAGCGUUUUAUGAAGCACAUGGACACGUCGUCGCACUUCGCGAACGUGGAGGCGGACACCAAGGAGCUGCUUAUGGACUUCGUAGAGAAACACGCCAUGACAUACUUACACGAGUUACCGUCCGUGGUGUUCUCUCCGAGCGGCACGGACGACGAGCGCCUGGACCGCGCCAUGUCGGAGCGCAUCCAACAACUGAGCUGGGUCGGCGAGCGACACCUCGACUGCAAGCUCCACAGGGACAGCCCCGACUGCAGGCAGCUACUCUACAAGGCCAUCAGUGAGUUGCUGGGCAUGGACAGCGCGCUGUCGCCGGGCGACAAGUUGUGUCGCGUGCGGCGCUGCUGUCGCCACGUGCUGCGGCUGUGCGCCGCGCCCGCCUCCGCCGACGACCUGCUGCCUGCUCUCAUAUUCACUGUGUUGAAAGCGAACCCGCCUCGUCUCGUUAGCAACAUAAACUUCGUGACGCGGUUCUGUAACGCGCAGCGACUGAUGACCGGCGAGGGAGGAUACUACUUCACCAACCUGUGCUGCGCUGUCUCCUUCAUCGAGAAUCUGACGGCUGAGUCACUGAACAUGGACAAGAAAGAGUUCGACUGCUACAUGGCCAUGCCAGCCUCCAUCGGAGGCAGCGCUUGGGCGGCGGCGCUGUCCCUGUGCGGCGCGGCGCGCGAGGCGGGCGAGCUGCGCGCGCAGGCGCACGCCCUGCGCACGCGCACCGACCACGUGCACUCGCGGGCACUACUACUCGCUGCCAACGCGCAGAGCUUUGAGGAGCAAAUCGCCAAAAAAGUACACGAUGUCCUCGCGAAGACGCCGUUAGAAAUAAAACCACGGCGCGAGCUGCCGCGCCUAGGGAACCUGAAGGAAGUCAAUACAGGACCACUCAUCGACUUGGGCACCACUUCCGUUCAGGAAGAACUACAGACAAAGCCAGAGGUCAAACCAGAGCCUCUGGCGGCUACCUUACUCCCAAUCCCAACAGAGUCCAAAGAACCAAACAUCACUAUUCAACCGGAAACCGAGCCAAAACUUAACAUCCUUGGCUUUGAGGUAAUUGAAAGACAAUCUCCUUCCAAAUCACCACAGAACCUUGAUCAAACGUGGGACUUGAAGCAGACCAGUUCAUUAGAACUACUCACUCCAUCACCUCUAGGCUUUACGCCAUUCGAUUCGCGGUCCAUCGACGAACUGAUGACUCCCGACGAAUUUGGGACGGACCAACUGGCACCAGGACUGAGUAACAUAAACUACGAUAUCGAUCUAUCAGAUUUCAGUGGCGACAACAGUAUAGCCGAGGAAGCUCCUAAAUCUGAGCCCAAGGACCCAUUCAGUCCAGAGGCUCUCAGAAAAAUAACUACGUUUGACCCCUUCGCCCCACAAACGUCAAAGGGUUUCGAAACAGCUUUGGAUUCGUUUGAUGAAUUCAGUUUCGUUGAUCCGAGGAAGCAAGAGACUGAUCCGUUUGAGGUGGUACACAGAGGCCAGGACCCGUUCAGUCCAGUAGAAUUAUCCAAGGACCCUUUCUUCAACCCAGAGAAGCAGUCAACUUCUAUCCUAGACGACAAUGACACGCCCGCCACCGCCUGCUUGCUGCCAUCUCCAAUACAACCACAAAGCAGCAAAAAACCUACUUAGUCGGUAUUUAACUUUAAGUUGUAUCUAUCAUAGAUCUAUUAUUAUUAUUAACCAAAUUGGUUGGUGCUACAGUUGAAAGUCGAUUAUUGAUUUGUUCAAGUUUAUUAUUUAUUUAAAUAAAUCAUAGUUUAAAAUGUUUCCCGUCGAAAUAAUAAAUGGCAUGGCAGAUA